AUGUUUUGCUGUUCCCAAAACAAAAAGACCCAUCAUAAAGAAGAUAAAUUUGGCCAGCCUAACUUAUAUGUGCUUUCACAGAGAUAUCGUUUCUCCACAAACGAUUUGCUACUAUAUCUUAACAGAUUCCAACGAAUGUCAAAGGGCAGCACAAUAAACCUAGCUCUUUUUAGAGAACACAUGGGCUUAUUUGGGCUAAGAUCCAAUAGUGUGCUCGCAGACCGAAUAUUUAGACUUAUGGACAAAUCAAACAAAGGAUUAGUUAAUUUCACUGAUUUUUUGGAUUAUAUGGAUGUACUAAUCAACGGGACCCGAGAAGAAAAACUUCUCCAGUCAUUUAGACUUAUUGCGCAAAAAGAUAAAAGGUUCAUCUCUUAUGACGAUUUCUCAAGCUGAAUUCGAGGGAUUAGAAAAGUAUUCAAUUCCAUGUCGGAGAAUAAAAUCGAAAGCUCAGAAGAUGAUGUAAGGGAGUAUUUUGACAUGAUUGAUACAAAGAGAGAUGGAGUUAUUGAUUUUAAGGAGUAUAAGCAGAGCUUUGGGUCUGAUUGUCCGCUAUUUGACUGAAUUGAUGUUGUCAAGAAAUCUGAUAACUCACUGAGCAGGAGCGAAAUCAAAAAGCCCUGGAGGAGUAGGUUAGAUUCAGUUGAGCAUGAAAUCAACACUUGUUUAGAAAUAUUAGAAUCACCUUCACAAGACAAAGAAUUAUUGAUUUCGUAUCAAGAUUUAUCGAUGCCAAGGCUAAAUUUAUCAUCGAUUUCAACUGUGAGUCCUGAGAGAGGGCCACAAUUCAAUUCAAUUCAAGAGUUAAAGCACAGCGGAGACAAUGAUGAUCCUUCGUUUUUUAGCGACUCUGACUCAGAAAUCCCAUUCAUGCUGGAAGACUCCAACAGGAGCACAAAGCAUACAAAAACCACAGACACACUAUUCAGUGAAAGCUCUGACUACCAAGCAAAGCAAAAGGCUAUUGCUGACUCUCUACGAGUACUAGCUAAAAAAAUUAGCGACAUAAAAGAGUCCUCAAACGAAAAUGCCUCCCGGAUGAUUAGUUCUCCGAGCAAAAUUAAAUGCAUCCAGUGAGGAGAUGAUGACUGAAACUUGAUUUUAAAUAUGAUGCUUGGAAUCCAAAAAGCUGUUAAGGCAGUAGAAGAUUUAUCGUAUGACUUCACAGUGCCUUUAGCUAAAGAAUGUGCUUCCAAGUCAGUUUUUACGCUCUCCCAUGAAACUUCUGAAUUUGAAAGCUGCAAGUUUUCUGAUUAUGCUCCAGGGAUAUUUAAACGAAUCAGAACCAGAGACAAAAUUGAUGAUGAAGAAUACACAGAUUCUCUAGGACUUGAGAAAAUAAUGAGAAAUUUAAUAAAUAGUGAGCUCUCAUCGAUGAUAGGCUUGAUGACUUGCGGAAGAAGUGGUAGCCUAUUUUACUUUAGCGAUGAUGGUAAAUUCAUUUUGAAGACCAUACCGUAUGAUGAGUAUGCUCUUUUCCGAAAUAUUUUGGCUGAUUACUACUCCCAUCUAUUAAAAAAUCCUGAUUCCUUGCUGCCUCGAUUUUAUGGAUUUCACAAAAUUUACCUUAUAAAAGACGGAAAUCAUAUUAAGCGGUAUUUCUUAGUCAUGAAAAACACAUUUCCUAGGAAAUAUCAAAUUAACUUAAAAUUCGAUUUGAAAGGCUCCACUUUUUCGCGAUCAACAAAUCCUAACGAUUAGAUUAGAUUAUAUUAGAUUAAAGGUUAAAAUGGGUAUUCGGAGUUAUUUCUGUCCCAACGAUUUAAGGCUCCUCGCCCUAAGCAUCGAGUUGGACUUACCCUUUUCUAUAGACGUCACCAAAAAAUGGUAGUAUCAGCAUUGCGCGGGAGACGCACCAGACACUUCCUUGGGCAAGCUCUAUCGAUCGGCACCAUCUACUCGGAGAUGGGAGGUCGGAGAUGACACCGAAUCCUCCUUCUGGUUCCUUUACACUUCUUAUAGAAGUUUAAAGUUGUCAUAUGGACUCUGGUCUACUUGUCUCUGAGUCGGGGUGCCGUGGUGUUCUGGCCAGAGAUAAAAACCCACCCGGACGCAAUUUCUAGACCCCUUUUUCUCUUAAAUCCAAAAACCCUGAGGGUAUGGGAGAAGGGCGGAUGGAUAAGUAGCCACUUUAUUUAUGCACAAAUACUAGCGAAGAUCCAAAUAUUGCAAGAAAAGAUAACGAUUUUAAUAAUUCAGGGCUGAGAAUAAAAUUAGGCCCUGAAAAGAGGCAGCGAUUUUUAGAGAUAAUUCAAAAUGAUGUUAAGUUUUUCCUUAACAUGAAUAUCAUGGAUUAUUCUCUGCUAGUGGGAUUUCACAGAUUGAGGGAAAAUAUUGAACCAGAGGCUGAGUCGAUGUCAUUUGCACAGAGAAAUGGAGGAGGAUUGAUUUCGAAUGACGGAGAAGAAUUGUAUUUUAUUGGGUUGAUUGACAUAUUAACUCUUUAUACUCCAAAGAAAAAGUUUGAGAAUCUUGUGAAAGGAAGCAUUUUUGGACAGUCUGCAGUAUCUUCAGUACAUCCAAAAAUAUAUGCUUCUCGGUUUCAAAAGUAUGUAGCGUCUAUCAUAGAUUAG